AUGAGCGUUCAAACAAAACUUGCAUUUCAAAAGACCGGUCUCCGAGGUGGUCACGGCGGUGGAGAUCGCCGUAACCGGCUUCGAGAAAUCGCCCAGAGCACAAUGAACUCGAUCGAGAAUGGCACGGUCAUCAUCGCCAACAUCUCCCAUGAUCUCGCUGCCAAAGUCAACUUCUCCAAUCAUAACACUCGCUACUAUGCUCCAGAUGAUAUACUGUCCACCUGGUCCACCAGUGACCCACCACGUAAUGCUGCAGCUACGAAAUCUCAGGUAUCUAUCCUCGAGAUUUCGACACUUGAUGGUGCUACAUUGUUAUUCAAUACCCUUUCACCUCGUUCUACGAGCUUCGGUCGGAUAGCAAUCUUGAACUUUGCGUCUGCUACACGACCUGGAGGCGGUUUCUUGAACGGGGCACAAGCUCAAGAGGAGUCCAUAGCCCGGUCAUCUACGCUUUAUCCCUCUCUAAUGACGGACAGCGCACAACACUUCUACCAACUACACACUCAUGAUAGAAACAGAGGGUUUUAUCAUCACGCGAUGGUCUACACACCUUCUGUCGUGAUCUUGAAGGAUGAUGCAGGGAAUUGGACGUCGCCUUUUGAAGUCGACGUUCUAACAAGCGCAGCUGUAAACGCUGGCGAUGUGAAGAAGAGGAUCGAGGAUGAAUCAGAGCUUGCAGAGAUCGAAAAGCCCAUCGAAUAUGUCAUGAAAGAAAGAAUGGCGCGCAUUCUGUUCUUGUUUGAACGGCAGGGUGCUAAGAACAUCGUCUUGGGCAGUUUUGGGACGGGGGUAUUCCAAAACGAUGUCGAGGUUAUUGCGAGGAUCUGGGCAGAGUUAUUGACGGUGAAAGGUGCGCGAUACCGCCAUUCCUUUGAUCGCGUAGUAUUCGCCAUCCUCGGGAAGAAUACCUUUACCACUUUCGAGCAAUCAUUCGAGAAGCAGACUAGUACUGAUACCACAGUCAUCCAUAACUGA